AUACAGUCAAGUACCAGCAAUCAAUACUGAUCUGCCACAUAGCAGACACAUUUCAACAAUAGUCACAUAACAACAAAUAUCUCAAAAUGUUGCCGAUACUACUAUUUGUCUCAGCCUUUGCUGUAAUUAAUUGUGAACCAGAAACUGUGCGUGAUAAUUUCGACUACUUCAGCUAUGGCUCUAAUGAUGACUUACUGAAGAAUUUGGACCUCCAUUUGCCAAAGGAUGAAAUAGUAUUGAGACCUCAAGAAGUGAAAGAUUGGCCCCAACAAUCUUUGAAUGUGGGACAAAUUACCGCCGUGUCAAUCAAUUCUCUGGGACAACCUGUGAUUUUUCACAGAGCGGAAAGAGUAUGGGAUGAAAGUACAUUUAAUGAAUCAAACGUCUACCAAAAUCUGGAUAAAGGACCUAUAAUCGAGGAUACCAUUCUGGUUCUUGAUCCCAACACUGGUUCAGUGCUUCAUAGUUGGGGUGCAUAUGCAUUCUACAUGCCACAUGGUUUAACCGUUGACCACCAUGACAAUGUAUGGGUGACUGAUGUAGCAAAACAUCAAGUAUUCAAGUAUAUACCCAACAACCACAAAUACCCAAGUUUGACGAUUGGUGAAGCCUUUACCGCUGGCUAUCCAUACAGGCGUCGAGUGCUUCUUUGCAUGCCUACAUCCGUAGCCGUCGCGACCACCGGGGAGAUAUUUGUAGCUGACGGCUAUUGUAAUAACCAGAUUCUAAAGUUCAAUGCUGCGGGAACAUUGUUGUUGGCGAUUCCAUCUUAUUCUGAUACUUUAACCCUGAAUCUUCCACACAGCGUAACUUUAUUGGAACAUUUAGACAUUGUAUGUGUGGCUGAUAGAGAGAAUAUGAGGAUUGUUUGCCCUAAGGCUGGAUUGAAGAGUUACAUUAAGAUUCUGGAGCCUGCAAUGGUCAUACAGGAUCCGACUUUGGGUCGCGUGUUUGCUGUCACGUCUCACGGUGAUACGAUCUAUGCAGUCAACGGGCCGACGGCUCAGAACAUCGCAGUCAGAGGAUUCACAGUGAAUGCAGUUUACGGAAAUAUUUUGGAUACUUGGGAGCCGAGCACUGGCUUCACCAACCCACAUUCGUUGGCUGUAACAAGGAACGGAUCUCAUCUGUACGUUACAGAGAUAGGACCAAACAAAAUCUGGAAGUUUGAAUUGACAGACGUAUAUGAUAAGAAGUAGAGUAAAUAUUCAUAGAAAAAUUCCAACCAAAUAGAGCUUUACGUAAUAUGAUAAUAGAGAAAUGCUUUUAUUAUGGAUGCGAAUCAAAUUCGCUUUGAAGGCCAAUUAAAAUGUUGGAAAUGUAAUUAUAUAAAUCAGUGACACGUAUAAAAUAAAUUAUUAUAGUACUAUAUCUGUUUGUAAUACAUAUAUAAAUUGUGGUAAACUAAAUUUUGAAUACGUAAUAGAGCCUGUUAAUAAAUUGCAAUUGUUUUAAAUUGAUAUUAGUCGAAAGUUUAUUAUAUCGUUAUCAAUUAAAUUACGGUAUCAGUUUUAAUUAAAUAAUUCCUAUUCAUCGUCUACAUACGUCAGAAACAUUAAAUAUCUUUGAUCUAUAUGCAGGCAUGCAUUAAAUAGAUAAACUUUUCAAUAUUUUAAAGAUUUGAUUAAGAGAUUUCAUAAAUACUUGUUUUGCACCUUCUGCAAACUGUAAGUAUAUAUAUGAAAUAAAUUGUUUAAUUCUUUGAGAUGCAAGUGAUAUAAAAAAAUUAUCACAACAGAUACAAAACGGUAUAAUAAAUUGAUAUAUUACUUAUACCUACAUUAAUAAAUAGUACUUUAUCUAAGAUAAAUAAGUCAUUAAAUUAUAUAAAGGUUCUUACCUUAUAGGCUUACGCUACCUUAAACAUCGUCCAUAAGAUGGGACUAAAUAUUGGAAGAAUGGUCCAAUAUAAUCACGCACACACUUUGGAGAAAUAUAUUCAUAAACAAAGGGGAGAUGUUUUAUUAGAACAAUAUUUCGUUAUUUUUUUUCCUAUUAGUUAAUUAUAUGAAUAGUAGCCAAUUAUUAACUAUUAGCUGUCAUGUAGUAAAUUCCGAAAUGACAACGACACUUGACAGUAAAAUUAACAUGAUUUAAUCGUACUAAGAUACUAUUUUCAUACAUUUAUUAUUAGUUCUAAAUUCUAAAAUGUAUAGUUGCAAGUAGUUGUGCAAUAUACUUAAAUAAAUAUGGACCAAAAAUUGAUUUGGUACGUUCUGGCAAAACCUCUUAGAACUCAUAUGAAUUCUGUAGAAAGCAAGAUAAUAAAAAUAUUAUUUAGUAA